GAGGGUGAUAUCGAUUAUAGAAAGAACAUGAGCCAUUCAACAUACGUUUUUCUUCUUUCACUUUUUCUCGUUACUAUUUUCGUUGGUGAGGCGUAUCGAUACGCAGAAUGUCAACGGCAACCAAACGACGAAAUCAUAUGGGAAUACGACGUACGCAGACCAUACAGACUCGGUAUCAAUCAGGAAGUAGAAGCAGAAUAUGGACCAACAAUGGCUAUCAUCACUUGCAUAGUGAUCGAUUCAUUAUCCGACGAAGAUAACGGUGCUGUAUGGAUAACGGCUGGCGGUUUAGGUCAAAAUUUUGUCAAACUUAAAUUUAGAUCGAAAUACUCGAGAGGUCUUCGUUACAAAGUCUUUGUGUAUGGUCAAUCUAUGCUAAAACAGGGAUCGUGAAUCAUAAUAUUUCUUUCGAAUCAUAUAUAAUUUUCAUUUGCUUGAUUUAACCUACGUACCUACGAACAAAGACGUAUAUAUAAUUUUUUUUAUACACAUACACACACACACACACACACACACACAUAUAUAGUCACCAAUAAGAUAUAAAAAAAUUUAAUUGAAUUCGUCUGUUCGUAAUUAUUGAAACCUAUAAUCACUUUAGUACACGCAGAGAACAUUGUUAGAGGUGCGCAAAGAAACGUUAUCAGAGAACUUUCCCUAACGAUCUUUCGUUAUCUACUAGCUAGUUAUCAUUAUCUAGAAGAGUGUUAGAAACCUUAGAGGAGAUAAUGACGUGCGCACAAGCAAUCGAGUAAAGUUCGAGGGGAAGUCAACGUACGAGUCGUUAAUCUGUUAGUUGGAAUGUUGAAAUUUAAUGGACGGAACAUUAAGAUCAAAACAAUUUCAUUCGCUUAUACAUCCUUCAUAUAAAAUAUUCAUUCAUAUGAAAUAUUCGAAAUAAUGUUAUCUCGGAAAUACGAAGCUACGUUCUCGAUUGACGAACUAUUAUACUAAUCUUACAAUAGAAUAAAAAUAAAAUAAUACAGGAAAAAUAUCGUGAGCGAUUCUAUUACGUCGGAAUUUGAUUUCAUGUGGUUAGUCACGUAACUCUUCGAGAUCGGAAAACCAUUUAAAAGCGAAACGAUGGGAGUUACCAAACAAUGGGGGUUUCUUUACUCGACAAAUACGAUGAAGACACGAGAACGACCGAGAUCGAAGAAAUUCGAAUAUUUUUCCUUUCUUGCACGAAAUAACAAUCAACUAUAUAAGUAUAACCGAAGCGACAUGCGAAAGAAUACACACACACACGUACACACAUUUCUUUUAUCAUAUUAAACAUGAUUACCGAACGAACGAGUAAUCACGAUUUUAUUACAUUAUUUCUUAUCGUUUGU